CUGGAGAGGAGCUGAGCGCGCACACGGCUCAGUGAGGUGUGCAGCUCUGCAGCAGCGACACUGGAUUACCAUCACACCGAGAGCUGUCCAGCAGAGGGCAGAGUAAGACCGAGAGCAUCUCUCACCCCCUCAGGUCCUCGUACAGUCUGCGCUGUUAGGAUCACGCCUCUAACAACCAUGAAAGGCUCUCCUGACCUGAUUCCUGCCGCAGACCUGGACCCGAGCAGAGUGUGCAAAGGGAAAGGGGUCGUGACUCUCAGGGCCACCCUCGUCCACAUCGAUGAUGAAGGCGAUGAGGAGCCGAAUGUCAUCACGGCGCCAAGUGGCUGGACAAACCAGAUUAAUGGAGACAGCUCUAAAGCGGGACUGGCCGAGGGAGGCAGCAACAUCACAGCUGAUUUACCUCCUGUAAACAACACUCGGUGCCAGGCCAAUUCAACAGAAAGCAUAAAUCAGACUCCAUCCUCCACUGACAUUCACAACUAUAUCACGCCGUCCUCCAGCUCUGUUUAUCCCUGCACUAGCAUAGUUAACCCCACCAUCGUCCUGCUGCAACACAACAGAGAGCAGCAAAAGCAUCUUUCUCAUUUGGAAGACCCAACCCCAGAGAGGGACAAAAGUCCCGACCCUGGCAGAGAGUCAGUCAGUCCGCUCCCUGAUAUGGACGGGAAGAGGCUGCGACUGUCACUGAACUCCCCGCUCUUCAGUCCUCUCAACAAUCCCACUGUGCCUGUACGGAACACUGAAAAAUCCAAAGACUGGUAUAAGACAAUGUUCAAACAGAUACACAGAAUACCAGAGCCUAUCGAGGAAAACCCUUACCGCCCCACCUAUAUUUUCCCCGAGAACUUUGACAUUCACAUGAGAUCAAAAGAAGAUGGCCCCAGCCCACUUGGUUACUUGGAAGAUGUGAGAGGGGUCCCGCGCUCAAAAAGCGAUGCAGAGUUCGAUUCCAGAGGCCGGUCGAUGCCGGUGCCAACACGCUCCUCUUCACUCAAACCCUCAGCCAAAAGGAACGAGUGGGAGCCCCCGGAUAAGAAGGUAGACACCAGGAAGUACCGCGCAGAGCCGAAGAGCAUCUUUGAGUACGAGCCGGGGAAAUCGUCGGUGCUGAAGCUGGAGAGAACGACUCAGGAUGUAAGUCCAGAAGAUGUAGAUUUAGAGAAUGAACCUUGGUAUAAAUUCUUUUCAGAGAUGGAGUUUGACAAAGCGAGUGCCCCCUCUUUCAGCCCCCUGGAAACAGCCUCCGACCUGCAGCAAUACUGCUCGAGCAAGUCUGGACACAGCGAGGUGGAGACGGACGGUGGAUCAUCCACAAGCGAGCCUGGGGCUCCAGAAUGCGACCGCCAUGUUUACAAGAGUGUCCUGGAGGGCGGCGAUAUUCCCUUACAGGGUCUACGGGCCCUAAACAAGCGCCAGGGCAGCACUUCCUCCUCUAAAGUGGAUUAUAAAGGUGGGAAUGGCUAUAUAAUUUCACCCUGCUCCUCUGUAAAUAGUCGAUCAGUUCUUGCCAGUAAUUCAAUAGGGAACCAGUGUAAGAGUAAGAUGCCUCUUUCUGCUGCCAAAGCCUGCAUACCUCAAAUCCUGCCUUCUAAGUUCAAGCCCAAGCUGCUGCCGCCCAGUGGUGACAGUCAGGAGAGCAGGACUAAAACUUUCAGGCACCCGAAGGCCCACAGCUGUGAGGAUCUGUACACAGGGCCAUGUGACACAGACUUUGCUGGAGCAGGGGAAAGAAAGAGUGGGCAAUAUUCAGACUCUAAGUACAGCUGUGGCAGCGAGUGCGCGGAUGGCCUCGGAAAUGGUUCCCCUGCAAUUAGGAGGAGCGCAUAUGAGUUUUCCAGCCUGUACAGGACCAUGCAUCACAUCCAGCGGCCCAGCUCAGCCGGCUGCAGCCCCCAUGGCAGCGUCCGGAGCCUGGCCUCCCUCUUUGAGAAGGCUAAGGCCGAUGGGGGUGAGAGGUCAGAGGCGGAUGACGGGGGUAACAUUCCUCGGGAUGCGGUGUUGUCACGGGUCAGCGAGUUUGAAAUGAUCAUCCAGCGGUCCACCCCAGCGCCCAGCCGCUCCUCCUCCAUGCCCACCCUGCACUCUAGCCAUAGCCAAAGCCCCGACCACAUCCCCUCCCACCUCUACAUGACGUCUGCGGUGUCAGCGGAGUCCCUUUUGGUGGCUGACGCCACCCAGACGGACGCCUGCUCCCCUGUGGAGCCAGAGGGCAAGAGUUCUGAGCAGGAGGCCUUGCCGCCCAACGGUGUUACGGUAGAGGAGGCUGAUUCCUUCUCAGAUAAUGGACACAACAACAGGACUGAGUCCCCUUGUAGCACUGAGGCGGAGGUCGAGCAGAUCUUCAGUAAGAGUUCACCAGAUCUGAACCACCAAACGGUCAGUGCCUCAAAGAGUCCCUUACAGCUGCUUCCAGCAUCCCCUCCGCAACACAACCAUCUGCACCACCACCACCACCUCCUGCACCACCUGAACCACCAGCUCCACCUCAAGCCCAGCAAAUGCAAAGGCUCCUGCCCAGCUUCCUACACACGCUUUACCACCAUCCUCCGACAUGAGAGGCAGCAGGCCACCACCCAACAGGAGAGGCAGCCACCUGCAGAGAAGAAGACCACGCUGCCUGGGAAUCUCUUCCUCAUGGGCCCUGCUCCCUUCAGACCCCGGAGGAACCUGCCGUCCAACCAGACUCGGAGAACCCUGUUAGCCACCAAGGUUACCCAGAGGCCCUGCAGCCUGUCCCCUGAGCCCAGACCUCUGAUCCCUCAGCGCCUCUCCUCCCUGGAGGUCUUGGAGAGGCUGAGUAACGGAGACGGGGGCGACACUGACCACCUGAGUAACGGGCAGGGCCUGGACGCCAACGGGAACCUCCUGCAGCCGCUGGCAGCUCACCUCAGAGACUCGUCCCCAGCUCACGAGGAGAACCAGGAUGAAGUGUUGCGAAGGCGCCACGGGGACAAAGAGAAAAUCUUGGAGGAGCAGCGACGGCUGAAGCGGGAACAGGAAGAGGCUGACACGGCGUCGAGGCGACACACGGGCAUUGUCCCGACGCGCCACCAGUUCAUCACCAACGAGCGCUUCGGAGACUUGCUCAACAUCACAGAUAACACAGAGAAGAGGAAAUCGGGCGUAGAGAGGACUCCAGCCAUGGCUCGCUUUGACUUCAGAGCAGAAACUCUAAAGGAACUGCCGUUUCAAAAGGGAGACAUCGUGUACAUCAUUCGACAGGUGGAUCAAAACUGGUUCGAAGGAGAGCACCACGGAAGAGUUGGCAUUUUCCCCCGAAGCUACGUCGAGCUCCUUCCCCCCACAGAGAAAGCCCAGCCAAAGAAAAGUGCCCCAGUACAGGUGCUGGAAUACGGAGAGGCCAUCGCCCGCUUCAACUUCAACGGGGACACAGUGGUGGAAAUGUCCUUCAGGAAGGCAGAGAGGAUCACACUUAUUCGCAGAGUUGACGAGAACUGGUAUGAAGGCAAGAUCGCAGGGACCAACCGCCAAGGCAUCUUCCCCGUCACCUACGUGGAAGUGCACAGAAGACCCCGUGUCAAAAAUGGGUUGGAGUAUCAAGACCCUCCCAUCAGCCAGUCGCCACAGCGCAGCACCAACGCCUCUCCACAGCUGUAUCGUAACCGCCUGACCACCUCCCCCCUGCCCCUCCCUCGCCCCCCCUGCCGCUCCGUGUCCCCCGAGGUCCACGCUAUCUCCUCCGAGUGGAUCUCCCUGACGGUGGGAGGAGGGAGUCCUCCCACCGCCCCUACCCCUCCCCUGCCGCCACUGCCUUCCGUGUCCUACCGCUGUGGCGAGUACCUGCCCCCGCCCUUCUCCGUCAGUCCCGUGCCCCUCAUAACCGGCAGUCCAUACUACGUCUCCCCCACAGCCUCCCCAUCUGCCUCACCCCUGCCCCCACCGUACCCGCCCAGACCCAACUCCACUACGCCCUUCCUCAUGUUCACCCCACCUACCGGGGAGGACUUCCUGCUCUUCCCUCCUUCCCCAAAUCUGUCACGAAGCAUGAGUCCCUGCGGCGGCGGGCCAGUGCUGGAGGGCUGGCUGAGGGGGGAUAAGGAUUUGACAGAGGGGGAAGGCACAGAGGGGGACAGGGGCCUCGCAGCCCCGGGCAGCAGGCAAAAUAGCCCUGCAGAGUUCAUGAAGAACGAGGCCGACCAUCACGGGCGGAGCUCCAGAAGCCCUGUGAUGCUGUUUGACGUCCAGGACAACAACAACGUGAACUCAUUCACGGAUGCAGUGUGUAAUGAGAUCUUAAAUAUAGCUGAGACCUCGGUGAGGUACUGCAGCAACCUAGCCCACCGCCCUCAUGACUCUGUCCAUAGACUGUACCCCCACCCCAGUAAACAAUUUCUCAUCAUUUCCCAGCAACCCCAGUCACACAGCAGCAGUCCGGAGCCCGGUCGUCUUAAUUGUGGAGUUUUCCAGGCUUUGUACACUUACCUGCCGCAGAACGAGGACGAGCUGGAGCUGCGAGAAGGAGAUCUCGUCAGCGUCAUGGAAAAGUGCGACGACGGCUGGUUUGUUGGUACCUCAAAGAGGACAAAACAGUUUGGGACUUUCCCUGGGAAUUACGUGAAGGAGGCGAAAGUGUAAAGAUAUCUAAUCAGGCUGUAACACACGGUUGCCUGUCGAGCUUGGGAAGUCAUUACUAUCACGCAUGGCUGUUGGAUAGAAUAGUCAUUUAGCCAGCCAAAUCCGGUUUGUCUGCGAGGAAGUGAUCGGUUCGGCCUGAGGUAUGUCAAAACUGCACGAGGCGAGGACGGGGACGGCUCUCUGCCCAGACCUCAGCUUGUUGUACACCCUGCCCUCCACUUCACACACCUCCCAACAGGAUACGUCCAUCACCACAUGUGGAAGAAAACCCCCCUGCAAACUAGCUUUCAUUGGACAGAUAACUGCUUCCAUUUUGUCCUUGUAACCCAACAGUAUACAUGUUUACGUAGCACCUCAGUGUGGAGGCAGGCAGCGGAGCAGAGUUUAUGGAUCAAGGAGAGGAUCGUAUUACCUGAACUGGUCUUUGGAGGAGUCAAAAUGUAUUUUUGUGUGUUUUCGUGGGGUCAGAGCUGAUUUUCAUGAGCUACCUUUCAGGACAGGUGUGAUUAGUUAAGAAAAAAAUUGAUUCAACUUCCAGAGAGAAAACCGUCAGUGUUUGGAUCAACUUAUCGUACACGUGUGUGGAGUUUUAAUGUGAUGCUUCACUCUUGGACUCAUUCCUGUAGGAAAGAAAGUGUCGUAUCCUCUUGAGUUUAAAUACUCAAAUCCUUUCAGAAACUGGUCUGACAUAUCUGUUCUGCUUUCUUUCACGUGUUCUGCAUAUCACCAUAAAGUCAGUGUUGGUUCUCUUUCAAGAACAAUGCAGCAUUCACAACUCAGUUCAACCUGAGAAAUGUUAGAUACCGGUUCAGUAUUGGCUUCAAGUGCAUGACGACAACGGAGCGUGCUUCUCUUUUUCUCUGUUCCCACAUCAAACACAGAAUCCCGGUGUUGUGCUGCAUGUCACGUAGCAGUGAAGAGAAGCUGCCUCUAUGCGCAUCCUAUAAACUAUUUAUUUGUCGUUUUAUUUUAAAGUAGACCUCUUGAAGUAUAAGCUGAUGCCUGACACCUGUAAGGUAGCUGCUGGGUGACACCCGGUUCCAGCUCGACCACAGCACAGGCGUGGUAGCACUUAAUUUCCUGUUUAGAUGUUUAGGCAGAGCCCAACUAUAACAAGAUAAUAGACAACAAAGCUGAGCAAACCAGCGAGGUGUCUUAGAAAAAAUAAUCGUAUUGAUUUUUGAAUGCGUUUUGAGAUCCUAACCUUGCCCUUACUGACAAGUUAGUAUGUUUUAGCCAUGUAAAUGUGUACAGAGAAGUUUAAGAGGCCUUCCUAAUGUGGCUAGAUAUUUUCAUAUGUCGUGACUACAGGUUGGGUAUUACAGUUAAUGGAAUGAUUCAAAUAAUAAGGUCAGCAUUAGGACAGCAUGCACUGUAAAAUCAAUAAGAGACUGACAAAUCAAGUCGGAGCAUGAAACAUUAUCAGCUAAGGCCUCUGUAUUUGCAUUCAGCUUAAAGAAAACAGACAGGGUGAGGAGUCUUUGAGCUUCAGUAGCUCCCUGAAGGAAGAGACUGGUUUCAAUUCUGCUAUCAGAGUAUCAGAGACAUCCUCCUGCAGAGAACAGAGCUGCCACACCAUCACAUCCCCUAACACACACAGUGAGAAUGAUACGCCCUCUGCAUGCACGGGUCAUGUUUUUUUCGCGGCUCGUGUUUUCACUGAAUUCCUCGUUGUCAUCAGCUGCUGCGACGUGCUCAUCAAUCCUGCGCAGGACAGCUCUCCCCAGUAGUUCUCGGUGCUUGUCGGGGCCUGCUCUGAGCUGCAGAUGGGUGCAGCUUGUAGAGCAACUGCUCCAAAAAAAAACUUUUUAUUCAGAUUAGUGGAGACCAGUAGAGACAAGUAGCUGCAAUCGGAUCCUUUUCUUAGUCCACACAUUUCUAAUCGAAUGGUGCCAGACGAUCAGUUUCAGUAAAGCUCUGUGUGACUGCCUGUGUGCACACAAUGUGAAGUAUAGAAACGCUCACUAGAUCCCAUUUACUAUAUCCUUGUUUGUUUGCAUCUGAAUGUGCAAACAGUUCUCCAGUGACCUGACUGGAACAUGGUCUGUAGCUGUAUGUGGCUGAGGCGUACGUGUUAAGUGAAGCUCUAAUAACUGAUGAAGUAGAUUAAUUUAACUAAAUUCAGUAGCGGUCAAUGUUUCGUCCUCCAUGUUGAGACAAAACCGGGCGUGUCUUCCUGUGCAGAUCACCACUGACAACAUUGCCAACAGUAGCAGAGGGGAUAUUGUCUCAACAAGAUAACACACAUAGUGUGACACACUGCAUUGUGGGUUUGCUUGUAUAGCACUGAUAUAAUGUUCAGGUAUUUUGUUACACCACAAAAGCAUCUGCUGGCUAAACUUUUUUUUUUUUCCACUCGUCCAACCACAACACAACUCACCAUAGGUUGUCUCUGUGAUACACAAAACACAUCGCAGGAUGUAUGAAUGUAUAAUUAUAUGAAUGUGCCGUUCAUCUGUAAAAAAAAAUCUAAAAUGUCGGACUUUUCAUCUUGAAUGAACACAACAGACUGUUGAGCAGCACGGCACAAGUAGGACUGUAAAUAUGUAAGAUAAAGAAAAUAGACUGCGAGCGACGGGAGCGAUCUCUCGGGUCACUCGCGGUGGUUUACUUACCUGAAGGGUUUCUGGCAAAGCACAGAGUGGAGCAUCACUGAGCACAGGAGCUUUGACUCAAACAAACAUUGCGCUGCCAUUUGUGAGCAUCAUAAUGCCUUAUAUGUCUAGAUGCAAAAUUGUGCCUCAUUUUCAUUUAAGGUUUGUUUUUGUUUUUCUUGGGAGAAUCACUGAAAUGUAUCCAUGACAUAUUUAAUGUAACCAUGGCGUUUCCCAUUGGUCCUGCUCUCUGCGACAGGAGCACAUGUACUAAGAACUCGUCGGUUACUGUGCAAGUACCGAGAGGUGUGACACCAUGCUUCAACCUAAUGGUUAAUAGUCAUAAGGAUGGAUUAUAGUUUAAUGAGACGCACAACCUGCAACAGGUUUGGUUUGUUUGCUUCUAUUUGCAGUGCUGUUACAUUGACAAUAUUAAAAUUAAGAUCCUAUUACACUGCUGUGACUUCGGUAUUAUGCAAUAUUUAAUAAACCAUUUAAACCAG